UCUGAGCAAGUUCUGAACUCCAACUGGGUGGGGUGAGGUGGAGGGUUUCAGAAAAUCCGUGCUGCUGCUGCUGCUCAGAGGAUGCGUGCGAACGCGUUUGUCGUCUGGCAUGCAGAGCUCUGUAGGACUGGAGCUCUCACGAGCAUCGGAGUCAGUCCUCAGCGAAGGACGUCGAGGCUCUAGAAUCUGGUGAGCGCAUACAAAGCCCUCAUCCUCUCAGACGAAUCGGAGAAGAAUCAAUCAGCCCCUUCAUCGAGAGACAGGGGGUCGUGCGCACUUGCUAUCAGCUGCAGGGAAGUCGAGGGGGCAGUUGGAGCUGCUGGAAACAGAAAAAGGGGUCCUCUCGAGGGAAGGCUGGGCUCGGCUCCUCGUUGAGGAAGACUUGUUUGGAUAGCUGGACGUCUGCCUGCUGCAACAGGGGAAGAACUCAACAGCAGCCAUGGCGAUUAGCUCGCCCAUGCGGACAAUUUCAGCCGUUUUCAUCCUCUCCAUGCUCGUGCUCGACGCGAGCGCGAUCGGAGUGAAUUACGGACAGAUAGCGGACGACCUGCCAACGCCGGCGGCGGUCAGGCAGCUGGUGGAAACGACGACGAUCACGAAGCUGAAGCUGUUCGACACGAAUCCGGCCGUUCUCACAGCCUUCGCGGGGUCGCCGAUCGAGUUCGUCGUGGCGGCCGGGAACGAUCAGAUCGUGCCGCUGGCGAAUUCGUCCGCGGUCGCACUGCAGUGGGUGCAGGCCAACGUCGCGGCGUAUCCCACCACGAACAUCACCGUGAUCUCGCUGGGGAACGAAGUGCUGGCCUACGCCGGCGACGCGGCGACGUUCCUGCUGCCAGCGUUGCAAAACCUGCACGCGGCGCUGGUGACGCUGAAGCUCGAUCACCGCGUGAAGGUGACCACGCCGCACGCCAUGAGCAUCCUGUCGGCGUCCGAGCCGCCGUCGGCGGGAGUGUUCGGCACUUGGGAGGGCAGCAUCAUCGUCCCCAUGCUUGAGUUCAUGGCGCGAACCGCGUCGCCGCUCACUGUCAAUGCGUACCCGUACUAUGCCUACAUCAACUCGCCUAACGUAUCGCUCAACUACUGCCUGUUCCAGCCCACUGCCGACGAGGUCAAGUUCGACAAUGCCACUCUGCUCAACUACACGAGCAUGUUCGACGCGCAGGUCGACGCCCUGUACCACGCCCUGGCCAAGGAAGGCUUCAACAACGUGAGCGUGGCCGUGGGCGAGACCGGGUGGCCCUCCAAAGGGGACCCGUUCGUCAAGGGCCCCAGCAUGGUCGACGCACGCCUCUUCAACGCCAAUCUCAUCAAGCACUUGGCAUCCGGCGUCGGCACUCCCGUCAAACCCGGCGUCGUCCCUGAUACUUACAUCUUCGCCCUCUUCAACGAGAACCAGAAGCCCGGCCCUUCGUACGAGAGGAACUUCGGCCUCUUCUACCCCAAUGGCUCGAUGGUCUACGAUUCCGGCGUCAUGCCCACCCCGACUCCCGUGUGAGUGAGUGCACGGAUCGAUGGACUGAGUUUGCGCUUACAGGGGGGAGAGCAUUUUUGGGGCCCCUGCCCGCCAGCCCGGGUUUCAUCUCCAGAACAUGCUGUCAGUGUCCGGCCGGGGACGAAUUCUUCUCAUUCGGAUUUUUGUUAGCUGGACUUCGGCCUCUGCAUCUCGUCGUUGAGAAGCAGAUCUCGAGUUCUCUCCGUUCGGGGCGUUCCCCUUGCGACUCGCAAGGCGGGAGCACUGUGUCGAACGGGCGAGCUAGAUAAAUGGAUGCGCCACCAUGUGCGCAGUGAAGCUUGUUCGUUCCGCUAUUAACUGCUAUCCGGGGCCGUGCUGGGCUGCGGCUGUGGGUGGCAUUUUGGAUUUAUUAGGUGCUGGUAUGACGUCGAUCGAAACCGGAAUAGCACCUCAUUGCACCAGAAAUGUAGAAGGGCGACGGCUUUGGGAGCAGAUUUCGUGGCUAGUUUGGCGUCUGAAUAUUUAUUGCUUUUGACUCAUGCCAGAAGUCAUUAGCCGUGGCAAGACACGAUGAGAAAUGUUUUAGGAACGCAAUUUUGAUCUGUACUAUCUACAACAUUUAUUGAAAUUUUUUCAGUC